AUGAAGGCAACUGCAGCUGCGGCAGGAGCAGCAGCAAAUAUAGCAUCAAAUGCUGCAGCAGCAGCGGCGGCCACAGCAGCCACAGUUGCAUCAGCCUCCACUGGACCACUUGCUAACAACGCAAGGAUCGCUGCAGAAGAAGCAAUCAAGCCUGCUGAAGAGGCAGCGAGAAUGGCAGAAGCAGUACUCAAUGGGACCGCUUCACCAGAGGAAGCCAUACAAGCAGCUCUAAUUGCAGCACAAAAAGCACAGGAGGCGUCUUUAGCAGCAAAACAAGCAGCAGAGGCUCUCCCAGAUUCAAUGGCACCAUUUAGGGAAAGAAUUCUUCAAGCAUCUGCCAAUGCAACAGAUUCAGCUCUCAAAGCAGCCCAGGCAGCAAACAAUGUAUCUACAAUAACUCCUGAAAGUUUAAAUGCAGCAGCUACAGCCAUGAAUGAUUCAGCAAUCUCAGCAGAAAAAGCCCUCACAGCGUUACUAUCUGCAGUACAACAAAAUAUGACCGUACCCCUUGACCCCAAAUUAGAAGGAUUUCUGUCAUCAACAGCUGAGAAUGCCGCACAAACCGCAAACAAAUCCAUAACUGCAGUGGAAAAGGCAGCUGCCUCCUUAACAGCAAACACAACAGAAGAGGCAAACCGUCUGUCAAAUGAAGCUAUUAAUUCAGUUAAAGAUACCAAUAAUUCAACAAAUCAAACCCUUGAGUCAGCUUCAAAUAUACUGUCAAUGAAAUCCCCUGCAGAGAUAAGUGCAACAGCAACUGCGGCAGCAGCAGCAGCAAAGAUAGCAUCAAAUGCUGCAGCAGCAGCGGCGGCCACAGCCGCCACAGUUGCAUCAGCCUCCACUGGACCACUUGCUGACAAAGCACAGGUCGCUGCAGAAGAAGCAAUCAAGGCUGCUGAAGAGGCAGCGAGAAUGGCAGAAGCAGUACUCAAUGGAACCGCUUCACCAGAGGAAGCCAUACAAGCAGCUAAAAUUGCAGCACAAAAAGCACAGGAGGCAUCUUUGGCAGCAAAACAAGCAGCAGAUGCUCUCCCAGAUUCAAUGGCACCUUUUAAGGAGGGAAUUUUUCAAGCAUCUGCCAAUGUAACAGAAGCAGCUCAAAAAGCAACCCAGGCAGCAAACAAUGCAUCUACAAUAACUCCUGAAAGUUUGAAUGCAGCAGCUACAGCCAUGAAUGAUUCAGCAAUUGCAACAGAAAAAGCCUUCACCGCAUUACUAUCUGCAGUACAACAAAAUACGACUGUACCCCUUGACCGCAAUUUAGAAGGAUUUGUGUCAUCAGCAGCUGAGAAUGCCGCACAAACUGCAAAUAAAUCCAUAACUGCAGUGGAAAAGGCAGCUGCCUCCUUAACAGCAAACACAACAGAAGAGGCAAACCGUCUGUCAAAUGAAGCUAUUAAUUCAGUUACAGAUACCAAUAAUUCAACAAAUCAAACCCUUGAAUCAGCUUCAAAUAUACUGUCAAUGAAAUCCUCUGCAGAGAUAAGUGCAACAGCAACUGCGGCAGCAGCAGCAGCAAAGAUAGCAUCAAAUGCUGCAGCAGCAGCGGCGGCCACAGCAGCCACAGUUGCAUCAGCCUCCACUGGACCACUUGCUAACAACGCAAGGAUCGCUGCAGAAGAAGCAAUCAAGGCUGCUGAAGAGGCAGCGAGAAUGGCAGAAGCAGUACUCAAUGGGACCGCUUCACCAGAGGAAGCCAUACAAGCAGCUCUAAUUGCAGCACAAAAAGCACAGGAGGCAUCUUUGGCAGCAAAACAAGCAGCAGAGGCUCUCCCAGAUUCAAUGGCACCAUUUAGAGAAAGAAUUCUUCAAGCAUCUGCCAAUGCAACAGAUUCAGCUCUCAAAGCAUCCCAGGCAGCAGAAAAUGUAUCUACAAUAUCUCCCGAAAGUCUGAAUGCAGCAGCUGCAGCCAUGAAUGAAUCAGCAAUCGCAGCACAAAAAGCCCUCACAGUGUUAUUAUCUGCAGUACAACAAAAUAUGACUGUACCCCUUGACCCCAAAUUAGAAGGAUUUGUGUCAUCAGUAGCUGAGAAUGCCGCACAAACCGCAAAUAAAUCCAUAACUGCAGUGGAAAAGGCAGCUGCCUCCUUAACAGCAAACACAACAGAAGAGGCAAACCGUCUGUCAAAUGAAGCUAUUAAUUCAGUUAGAGAUGCCAAUAAUUCAACAAACCAAACCAUUGAGUCUGCUGCAAACAUAUUAUCAACAAAAUCCUCUGCAGAGAUAAGAGCUGCCAGAGCUGCAGCAGCAGCAGCAGCAUCUGUAGCAUCAAGUGCUGCAACAACUGCAGGAGCUACAGCAGCCACAGUCGCAUCAGCCUCCACUGGACCACUUGCUGACAAAGCACAGGUCGCUGCAGCAGAAGCAGUCAAGGCUGCUGAAGACACAGCGAAAAUUGCCGAAGCAGUACUCAAUGGAACCGUUCCACCAGAGGAAGCCAUACAAGCAGCUCAAAUUGCAGCACAAAAAGCACAGGAGGCAUCUUUGGCAGCAAAACAAGCAGCAGAGGCUCUCCCAGAUUCAAUGGCACCAUUUACUGAGUAUAUUCUUGAAGCAUCUGCCAAUGCAACAGAAGCAGCUCUCAAAGCAGCCCAGGCAGCAAACAAUGUAUCUACAAUAACUCCUGAAAGUUUAAAUGCAGCUGCUGCAGCCAUGAAUGAUUCAGCUAUAGCGUCAGAAGAAGCCCUCAGAGCCGUGUUGGCUGCACUGCAACAAACAACCGUUCAACCAGUUGAUGCAAAAACAUUAAAAGAUGCUUUAAUCGCAUUUGAAAUAGCAUCAAAUCUGGUUGGAAAAGCAACACCAGAAGCGAAGACUGCAGUAGAUAAGGCAGCUGCUUCUAUCAAAGCAGCAACUCCAGAUGAAGCAGAGCAACUGGGGAAUGAAGCAAUUGCCUCAGCGAGAGAAUCCUUAAAAUCAGCUUACAGAGGUGUCAGUUUGGCCAACACAAUAUCAGGGCUCACGCCGUCUAUGAAAGACUCAACAAUAAGAACCACGACAUCAGCAGCAGCCUCAGCUGCAGCCGCUGCAGCAUCAACUGCAGCCGCUGCAGCAGCCUCUAUUUCCACUGCUGCAGGAGCAACAGCAUCUCCCAAAGCAGAGUUAGCCAUGAAAGCAGCAAGGGAAGCAGCUAAGAUGGAGCACGUGCAACAGAGCUUUCCAUCUCAGCAACACAAACAGUGGCACAAAUGA